AGGGAGAAAGGAGGGCAGAUCUCCCAGCUCUGCUUUCUCCGUUAACAUAAUACACAAGUUUCACUCUUGCACUUAUUUACCUUUAGUAAAAGUUAGCCAUGUGAUGCCCAUUAAAAUCUGCAACCCUGAGAUCUCACCUCAUCUUAUCAAUAUAUUGACAAUAAAUUGGGGGAUUGAUGCCAAUCAGGAUUGAUUUCGUUAAAACUGGACAUCACUAUAUAAUACCAUUAUGAUAAGCAAAGAGUUUCAUUACAAAAUACUGUUCUUAUCAGUUUUGUCUCAGUUCAAAGUAAAGUGCAGAUUUAAUUCCAUAAAUAGUGUAUUAUUGUAACUGAUCGAUGUUGUUGGGUCAACUAUGACCAGUCGACGAAUGACAGUCAGCGUGAUCUGAUCACUUGAAAUAGAUGCAUCGGCUUAGAAUUAGUUACAGUUAGCCUUGAUGGCAUCCUUUGUGAAGCGAUGUUGCUGCUUCGAGAUCCCAGAGGAUCUUGUCGAAUCGGUUGUGUUCAAAUGUACCAGCCCCAACUGUUGUUGUGGGUGCUGUGCACCAAGAUAUAAGAGAUUAGUCGACAGUGUCUUCCCACGCGGUGUCGAGGAUGGGCUUGUUAAAUCUAAUAUGGAGAAGUUGACAUUCUAUGUCCUCAGCUCCCCAGAAAAAUUAGAUCGGGUUGGAGAAUAUUUAUUUCAAAAAGUUAGUCGGGAUAUAUACCGCAAGAAAAAUGGUGCUGUGGUUAUCGGUGUGGAGGCAAUGGACCAACUUCUGCAAGCAUGCCACUCACAGAGUUUAAACUUGUAUGUGGAGAGUUUUCUUCGUAUGGUUCAAAAACUUUUAGAAUCGCCAGAUCCAAAUUUUCAAAUUUUAGCAACUCAAUCAUUUGUUAGAUUCGCAUCUAUUGAAGAAGAUACUCCAUCUUAUCAUCGUCGCUACGAUUUUUUUGUAUCGAAAUUUGCCUCCAUGUGUCACAACAAUGCGUCAAAUGAUAUACUCAGAGCGGAAAUACGAGCUGCUGGAAUUAGAGGUUUAAAGGGGGUAGUUAGAAAAACUGUAUCCGAUGAACUUGUCGAAAAUAUUUGGGAAUCCUCGCAUAUGGAAAAAAUAAUCCCUUCGUUGCUCUUUAAUAUGGAACAAGGAAGGAAAACGUUAGUAAAAGACGAGAAUGAUGCUGCUACGGAAAACUCUGGAGAAGAUGAGCUGGAUGCACCAAAGUUGGCAGAGAACUGUAUGAGGGACUUGGUCAACAAGGCAACUUUCGGACACGUUAGAAGCAUAGUAAAACCCGUUCUUUAUCAUUUUGAUGUAUUUGAACUAUGGGUGCCAAAUGAUUUUGCCGUUCACACAUUUCGAGUUAUCAUGUUUUCAAUUCAGUCGCAAUACUCGUAUGCCGUUAUUGAGACUUUGAUGAACCACAUGGAGCAGCACAACAAUAAAUCAAAUGCGAAAAUAAGAACAAGUAUGGCGGACGUGCUUGCGAAAAUAAUCGACAUUGCUGCUGGUGAAAGCGUUGGCCCGUCAGUGUUGGAGAUUGUCAAUGCAAUAGUCCAACACUUGCAAGUGUCCACGAAAAUGGAAGGGGUUGACGGGGACGAAAAAGCAUAUCGUGAAGGUUUAAUUUCAGCACUAGGAGAAUAUGUUACUCAUCUACCAGACUAUCAGAAAAUAGAAAUUAUGAAGUUUAUCAUGCAAAAGGUACCAUCCCGGUCCGAAAGUAAUAGAUUGCUCCAAAAUAUGCUCCUGAAAUCUCUUCUCAUGGUGGGAUCUAAGUAUUCUUCAACUUAUUUAAGUACAACAUUUCCACUGUCCUUCCUUCAGCCUUUAUUAACCCUCAGUCAAGAUGAUGACCCAGAAUUGCGAUUGCUCGUACAAAACAUUCUUCAUACUCUCAUCGAUCGAAGACGGAACAGGGAAAAACUUUUAUCUCCAACGUUGAAGCUUGAUAAUCUAGACCGAGAGCCAUGCACAAGGACGGAUAUCCUGUUUGUAAAAAAGAAUGGAGCAGAAAUAUUUAGCAGUAUGUUCACCAGCUUGGAAAAGACGAACAAUGGGAUAAAAAAUAUGAAUGCAGUCUACACCACUGCAGCUUUAUUUUGUGUGGAGCUUUUUUGUGAAGAUACUCUGUUUGAUUUUGUUAGACUAAUAAUUAGUUUUCAAGAUUUAGCUAUUACUUCGUCAGUGUUAAAUGCGGCACAAAAAAUUCAUCUUCACGUCAUUGCGCUUUCGUUGUUCACCCUCGUUGCUCAUUUAUUGCCAAGUCUGCAGGAUUAUUGUAAUAAGGUGACAAAAGGGAGAAGGGAACAUGCUAUUCAUCUUCUUCCCCCUCUUAAAACCCGAUAUGAAGUAUAUGAACCAUCAGAUUCACAAAGCAUUCCGGACCCUUGUCUCAUUCAGCAAGACCAAGUGUUUGAUGUUCUAAAAAAAGAAGGAAUAGAACCCUCCAGCAAACCGUCGUAUUCUUUUCCACGCCAUUCUUGGGUUGAUGCUCAUAUGCAGUCCAGCACAGCUCCUGACCUUAGCUCCAUCAGUGUGGAAGUAGAUUCUGGAGCUUCUACUCCCGUUGGAUCUAGUAAGCAACAAGCCGAGGAAACUGUUAUGACUGUAGACAGCUUAAAAAAUGUAUUGAACGAGCCUCCGGAAAUAAGAAAAGAGUUGGAAACUCAGAAACGCAAGGAUUUGUCAAAUACUUUUAAAACGGCUCCCUUUGAAGACCUUGUUAGUAAAGCUGCCGCACGAAGUGGAAAUUUGCAAAAUAAGUUGUCAGAGAUAUUUACUAAAAUGUCGGUAGCAUCGUCUCCUACUUCGGCUAGUUUAGAAGGAAACUCUACAAAUCGGAACAAUAAUUCAAAUUCCCUUACUCUUAGUAACCAUCAUCAUAAUCACAAUCACAUCGGCAAUAAAGUUCAGUUCCCUCAAAUUUUUCAAUUGUGAAUUACACAUAAAAUAUUUACUAAUCUUGAUAUGUAUUUAUUUAAUUGUAAAUCGAGAAUUUGUCUGAUAUAUUUAUUUGUAUUGUCUUAUCGUUAAGUAGAUUUAAUGCAUGUAGCUUAGCUAUGUAUAUGCAGACUGCAACAUUGACAUAUUACGAUUCAUUCCUGUUCAUAACUAGACAUAUAACCCUGCGGGAUAGGUGUUAUACAAAAUGUUUCGAAUUACGUAAUCUAAAUAAGGGUAUAUUAACAAAGCUGAAGGUGCUCCUCAAAGCCAGUGUAUUAAAGUAAAUUAAGAAAAUAGGAAAGAAAAUAUAACAAUAUAAAUAUAUCUAUCUACAAUGGAAUUAGGUUACAAGUAUACAUUUAGAUACAUGUCUUGAAAUAUGUAUAUUACAUCUUCGCUGUGCCUAAAUAUCAAUCCAAUUAUAAUGACUUGAGUAGAAUGGAAAGGCACCCUGUUAACAUGUUAUUACUACACUUGCCAGCACAAAUGUCCACCUACAUAAAUAGUCUUUUCAUAAAUACAUACAUUCACCUUUGAUUCAAGUUGUGUCAGCCUUAUAUCCAUCAAGAACCUAUUACUCAUCUUAAAUGACAUAUUAUUCAAUCUCAGUAUUAUGUUAGUGUUAAAGGGGCUUCCUGAUUAUGAUUCUAAUUAAUGAGGGUAUGUCUUGCAGUCCUAAAUAUUUUCGAAAUCAGCAAAUUUCAGGGAUACUUUUAAUCAAGAAAACUUUUUUAGUGUAAUUGAUAAUUUAAUUUGUACAUCUGAUUUGAUAUGAAUCAAGUAGUUGUCAAAACAUUAGCCUCUAUAAAUAUUAAUAUAUACAUAUAUACUUGUAUAGCUAUAUAUAAUGUACAUGUAUUUUUGUGUCUAGUUUAAUUUUGCAGUUUUACUCGAAACAACAAUACCGGUACAACUCUGACAAGUUGUACGCAGACGACUACACCACUAUAAAAUCAUAAUUGAAGACCCCUGAAUUAUUUACUUAAAUAUGAAACUAUUCCUUUAUAUAAAUAUCAUAUAUAGAGAAAUUAUUCCCAUGAUUGAUUGUGACGUACCUGGACAUCGACAUAGUGAACAAAAGCUAUAGAAUGAAAAAUAAAAUCCAAAUAUGUAUGUAUAAUGAAAUAA